AUGGCUGGCCGCUUUGUGAGAGCCUCCAAGUAUCGCCACGUCUUUGGUAAGGGCACGAAGAAGGAGCAAUGCUACGACAACCUCCGCAUCUCCAAAAAUGCCUGGGACACAAACCUGAUCAAGGCCAAUCCCGAAUACAUCUCAGUCAAUUGGGAAGCCAGCGGUGGUGGCGCCUUUGCCGUCAUCCCCAUCAAUGAACGUGGGCGCGCGCCCGAUCAGCUCCCCCUCUUCCGCGGACAUACGGCUGCCGUUCUCGACACCGACUGGAGUCCCUUCAACGACUCGCUCAUCUCGUCUGCCUCGGACGAUGGCAAGGUCUUCAUCUGGAAGGUGCCGGAAGGCUUUGCAUUACAUACGGAUGCUGAGGAGCCCGCCGACGUUGCUCCAGUAGCGAGACUCAGUGGGCACAUGAGGAAAGUUGGCCAUGUCCUCUUCAACACCGCCGCCGAGAACGUUCUUGCCAGCGCAUCUGGCGACUACACUGUAAAGCUAUGGGACGUCGAAGCAGGCGCUGCAAAACUCACGCUCAAGCACAACGAUAUUGUGCAGUCGCUGUCCUGGAGUCCCGAUGGAUCGCUACUAGUCACCACAAGCCGAGACAAGAAGCUGCGUCUAUGGGACGUGCGACAGGAAAAGCCUGCCCAGGAGGUCGCUGGACACCCAGGCGCGAAGAACAGCCGCGCUGUGUGGAUGGGCGAGACGGAUCGCAUUGCGACGACCGGCUUCUCCCGCAUGAGUGACCGUCAGCUGGGUCUCUGGGAUCCACGCAACCCGAAAGAACCCAUUGGUGGCUUCCAGAUCCUCGAUUCCAUCUCUGGUGUUUGCAUGCCUUUCUGGGACGAUGGCACGCAGUGUUUGUACCUAGCGGGCAAAGGUGACGGAAACAUCAGAUACUACGAAUACGAAAAUGACAAGUUCGAAUACUUGUCCGAGUACAAGUCGGGCGAUCCUCAGCGAGGUAUCGCCUUCCUUCCCAAGCGCGGCAUCAACCUUCAUGAGAACGAAGUGCUCCGCUGCUUCAAGACCGUGAACGACAGCUACGUCGAGCCCAUCUCCUUCAUCGUACCCCGCCGAUCCGAGAUGUUCCAGAGCGACAUCUACCCACCGACAACGGGCCUGAAGGCCGGUACAACAUCGUCCGAGUGGUUUGGCGGUAAGACCGCUUUGCCCCCGAAGAUCUCCCUAGAGAGCGUGUAUGACGGUGAGGCUCCCAAGGAGGUCGCAUCCGAUUACAAACCUCAACAAGCAGCACCAGCGCCCUCACCGACCAAGUCUGAGCCACCAAAGGCUGCCGCAGAGCCUGCGCCCACACCUGUAGCGUCGCGUGGACCACCACCAUCGAUGAAGGACAACAAGGACUCGCUAGCAGCUGGAGCAUCGAAGUUUGCAGACAAAGACGACGUCUCAGACAACGAGAGCACAUCCAGCUUCGAAGAGGUGUCAAAGCCAACUGCGCGCCACACGGUCACUGCCUCGCGGCAAGAAGAGAAGACUAAGGGGCCAGUUAUUACCAAGGAGCCAGAGCAGCCCAAGCCUACUGCUGCACCUACCCCUGCGCCUACAUCCGCACCUAGUUCUGGUGGCCCUGGUGCGGCCCUUCGAGACGCGCUAGGCGAUAUCAAGUCGCAGAUCGAGCACCAGAACAGAGUCAUGUCGGAUCAGUCUGAUCAGAUAGCACUGCUUCUGCGCGAAGUUGGCCAACUCAAGACCAAAGUAGGCUCGCAAGGGCCAUCCGAUCGCGAAAAGGAUGAGCGUAUCAGGCAGCUCGAACUAGAGCUCGAGGAGGCGAGGUCCUAA